CAGUGGGCUGCCCCCACCCGCGCCACUGCGCGUUGCGGAGCCACGCGGCUGCCUCGCAGCUCUUGACUCACCAUUCGGACUGCUGCAGAACUGCGCGUCGCGGAGGCACGCCUUGUCUUGCUGCUGCUGCUGCUCAACUAUGAAUCCGGAUGGGACAUUUGUUGAUGAGGACGGGGAGACUGAGGAUUACCACGUGACGGACGUCUCCGAGAACGAUAGGAAGCGCCUGCACUACCUGAAGAAGCAGCAGCGCAAGAAGGACCACGGCAAGAAGCACCGGCCCCGCCACCGCGGGCCGGCGCCGGCGCCGGGCGAGCGCCGCGAGCGCCGCGAGCCGCGCGACCCGCGCGUGCUGAAGCACAACGAGCGCAGCGGCCGCGGCAUGGCGACCAAGCACCGCGACGCGCCCGGCAAGGUGAACCGGUUCCAGGAGCACCUGCACGCGCGCGAGGAGGACCAGGAGCGCCAGCGCCGGGAGCGCCGGAAGAAGCGGGCCGAGGCGAAGGCGCAGAAGGCGCACGCGCUGCGGCAGACGGUCGUCGAGGACGACGACAUGGGCGAGGUCCAGGACAUCAGCGGCUGGGACCACAAGGACGAGCAGGAGGCCCGGGGCCGCGAGAUGGCCCGGCUCGACACGCGGUGCCGCGCGCGCGAGUUCGUCCUGACGCUGCCCGGCGGCGGCUGCUGCGGCAUCUACGGCAAGGUCCGCGCGGACGUGCGCGUCGACCCCGGCCUGCCCGCGCUGGCCCUGCACCUCCUCGACCUUACCGAUAGGGACCUGUCGCGCCACUGGGUGCUCUUCGACGAGGCGGCCGGCGACGACAACGAGAUCUCGCACGACGAGUUCUUCGACCUCAUCGACGUCGACCCGACGACGUUCCUCAAGUGCCUCGUCGACGCCAUCGUCUUCGACUGGGCGGACCUCGACAAGGACCGCACGCUGUCCUUCAGCGAGUUCCUGCUGGCGUCGUGCGUCAUGUGCACGCUCACGCAGCGCCAGCUCGCGUUCUUCGUCUUCGCCUACUUCGACGAGAACGACGACGGCCACCUCGACUACCACGAGCUCCAGCAGAUCAGCCACGCCAUGGAGGGCUCGCGCUUCGGCGGCGACAUGGCCAAGUUCCUCGACGUCUGCAACAUGAUCCAGAUCGAGCACCACACGCACAAGGUCGUCGAGGCCCGGAAGAUGGGCUUCGGCGGCUUCCAGGAGGCGUGCAACCGGUGCCCCCUCGUCGUCCACCCGAUCAUGCGGCUCCAGGAGGCCAUGCAGAUGCGCACGCUCGGCGCGGACCGCUGGAAACGGCUCCGGGACGACUACGGCGGCGACUUCCACCACGAGAUGACCGAGGCCGGCCUCUUGAUGCUCGGGGAGAAGAAGGAGCUCGCCUACGAGAAGAAUGAUUCUUCACUAUCAUUCAGGGAGACGGCGGCGUAG